ACAAAAUAGUAGGUACUGCCAUUUUUUCUGUGCAUCCGAGACGGGAUCAUCAUCACCGCCCCGACUAUCAUUCCGUUCGCUCAUUUGCCUCUCAUUCUGUAGUUUCUUCACAAUCAUUACCCACCACUCCACCAGAAUUACACUGUGAUUCUUACCUUCAUCUGCAUCACCAAACAUGAACAACUCUGAGAAUCCCCAAGACAUGGUUCCUCCAGUUGAAGGCGUUGCUGGGGGUGGGACAGCAUAUGGAUGGGGUGAUGGUAGCUUACAAAUACAGGAUCAAAGUCUACUGAGAGGGACAAUUGAUCCUACCAGAGUUCCAUCUUCUGAAUUAGUACAUGUAUGGAGUAUGCCAAGCACUGCAAAUGUAGGACCUCAAGAAAUGCCUCGACCAUUAGAGCCUGUAUCUCUUUUAGCUGCAAGAAAUGAGAGGGAAAGCAUUCAAAUUGCUAUACGUCCUAAAGUUUCUUGGAGUGGAACCAAUAUUGCUGGGGUUGUACAGAUUCAAUGUACUGAUCUUUGUUCUACUUCUGGUGACAGGUUAGUCAUCGGUCAAUCAGUUACAUUGAGACGUGUGGUCCCUAUUUUGGGUGUUCCAGAUGCACUUGUACCAAUUGAAAUGCCAGUCUCACAGAUAAAUCUGCUUCCAGGAGAAACAUCUGCCAUUUGGGUUUCUGUUGAUGUUCCAAUCACACAACCUCCAGGACAAUAUGAUGGAGAAUUUAUAGUUACUGCUACCAAAGCAGAUGCAGAAUGUGCAGCACAAUUUCUUGGUAAAUCUGAGAAACAUCAACUAUACAGGGAACUCAAAAACUGUCUUGAUGUCAUUGAGCCAAUUGAUGGGAAAACAGUUGAAGAAGUGGUAGAAAGAGUGAAAUCUGCAAAUACAACUUUGAGAAGAGUUCUUCUAUCACCUUCAUUUUCUGAAUUCUUUUCAGAAAAUGGUCCCCUAGAUAUGAUGGAUGAAGAUGCAAACCUUUCAAUACGUGUGAAGCUAAGUUUGACUGUUUGGGACUUUGUUCUUCCGGAAACGCCCUCGCUUCCAGCUGUCAUUGGUAUAUCGGAUACUGUAAUUGAAGAUCGUUUUGGUGUUAAACAUGGAAGUGCUGAAUGGUAUGAUGCAUUAGAACAACAUUUUAAGUGGCUUCUUCAGUAUAAAAUCAGUCCUUACUUCUGCAAAUGGGGUAACAGCAUGCGUGUUUUGACUUACACAUCUCCAUGGCCUGCUGAUCAUCCAAAAUCAGAUGAAUUUUUCUCAGAUCCUCGCCUUGCAGCUUAUGCUGUGCCAUAUAGUCCUGUAGUCCCUUGUGGGGAUUUGACAAAGGAUUAUCUGCAGAAGGAGGUUGAGAUUUUGAGAUCAAAAAGUCAUUGGAAGAAAGCUUACUUCUACCUAUGGGAUGAGCCACUGAAUGUGCAACAGUAUGAUGCUAUUCGCCACCAAGCUAGUGAGAUUCAUGCGUAUGCACCCGAUGCCCGUGUAUUGACUACAUACUACUCGGGUCCGAGUGAUGCCCCUCUUGCCCCAGACAACUUUCUCAAGGUACCAGGGUACCUACGCCCUCAUACACAAAUAUAUUGUACAAGUGAAUGGGUGAUUGGUAAUCGGGAAGAGAUGGUGAAGGAUAUAAUUGCAGAGAUACAGCCAGAAAACAAUGAGGAAUGGUGGACAUACGUGUGCAUGGGACCACCUGACCCUCAUCCUAACUGGCACCUGGGUAUGCGGGGCACACAGCACCGUGCAGUGAUGUGGCGUGUAUGGAAAGAAGGUGGGACCGGGUUUCUCUACUGGGGUGCCAACUGUUACGACAAGGCAACUGUCGCCAGUGCCGAGAUCAAAUUCAGGCGUGGACUCCCUCCAGCUUCUCUUAGGCUAGAACGCCUUUUGAGUGGCUUACAGGACAUCGAGUAUCUGAAGCUGUAUAGUUCAAGAUAUGGGCGGGACGAAGGGGUUGGGAUUCUAGAAAAAACAGGGAUGUAUUUAGGGCCAGAGCGAUACACUGUUGAGCACACCCCAAUAGACAUGAUGCGAGGUUGUGCAAAGAAAGGAUAGUAGGUGAACGAUGGUGAUGAUGGUGGAUCGGAUAUGAAAAAUGCAGAAGGUGUAUCGGAGAUGGUGUUUAUGGGGGUUACCAGUGUUUAGUGGUGAAGAUGGUGUUGUUGGUGGCAAAGGGUGGGGGUGGUGACAGAGUGUGGUGGUGGUGAUGUGUAAAUAUGAGGAUUUUUAUGGCAAUGGUGACCGGUGUGCAAAACCUGAUAAAAUAUUAAAAAUGAUUUUUUUUUGACAAAUAUGAGACAUUAAUGAACAUAAAAAUUGACUUUUAUUGAUUUAUCGUAAGAAAUGCGUUUCUAGGCCACAUAAUGUAUAUAAU